UUUAUCACUAUUUUUGGACAACCUUUAUCCCUAUUAUUCCCGACGUUCUCUAUAUCCAAUUUCUCGGCCGCAACCAACACUGUUCUUCGUCCAUCCCCAGCCAAGUCCAUUCUUCUUCUUCCUCAGCCAAAUAUCGUUCUUCUUUUUCACCUCUUGUUGCAGUACUGUUCUCCUCCAGAUAAGAACCUCUGUUCAGCCGAAAGUCCCAAACGGCCAAACCGCUGAUCUUCAUUCGCAAUUAGCAUCUGAGCUCCUUCUAGUCUGUGACAGAGAAUAAUUCCACGAACAAAAACAAACAUCUAAAGAAAAUUGAAGCUCUCGCAGGAAUGAAGUAAAUCAGUGACUUUAAUUCCUAAUCUCCAUUUUUAUCUGCGAUUUUAAGAAUGUCAGAGAAGUUCUCGGCAACAUUGAGGAUUGGGGAUUUGAAUGAUUACAUAGCUCCGUCCCAAGGUUGUGUUGUUUCCCUCAAAGCAAAUUCCAAUAGGCUUGAAAAACUCGAGCGCUCAGUAAAAGUUGAAGAAGCUCCAAAACCAUCUGUAACAAAUGAGGCCGUUAAGAUUUCUCUCAAGGACUGCUUAGCAUGUAGUGGAUGCAUUACUUCAGCAGAGACAGUAAUGCUUGAGAAGCAGAGCCUAGAUGAGUUUCUUUCAAACAUAAACAAAGGCAAGGUGGUGGUUGUCUCUCUUUCCCCACAGUCUAGAGCUUCACUUGCUGUCCACUUCAACCUUUCCCCACAUCAGGCCUUUAGGAAAUUGACAACUUUUUUCAAAUCCUUGGGUGUGAAUGCUAUAUUUGAUACAAGCUCCAGUCGAGACUUAACUUUGAUUGAAUCUUGUAAUGAGUUUAUAGAACGUUAUAAGCAAUCCCAAAUACCAGGUGUGGAGGAAUCAAAGUGGCAAUUACCUAUGAUAUCUUCUGCAUGUCCAGGAUGGAUAUGCUAUGCUGAGAAAACACUUGGAUCAUACAUUCUUCCUUUCAUUUCCUCAGUCAAGAGCCCCCAACAGACUAUUGGUGCUAUUGUUAAGAAUUAUGUAUGCGAAAAACUGCACACUAGGCCUGAGGAUAUAUACCACGUCUCAGUGAUGCCUUGUUAUGACAAGAAACUUGAAGCAUCACGUGAUGAUUUUGUGUUUAAUGUGGAUGGUGAUGGUGAAGAAAUUACGGAGGUAGAUUCGGUUUUGACUACGGGAGAGGUUUUAGAGUUGAUACAGUCAAAAGGAAUUGAAUUUAAUGCCCUGGAAGAGUCUCCAUUAGAUACAUUGCUAACAAAUAUUGAUGAUGAAGGACAUCUGUAUGGAGUUCCUGGGAGCUCAGGAGGAUAUGCAGAGACAAUUUUCCGUUAUGCUGCUAAAGAAUUGUUUGGGAAGGAAGCUGGAUAUCCUUUGAACUUUAAUAUCAUAAGGAAUUCAGAUUUCCAAGAAGUUAGUCUAGAGGUGGAGGGAAAAAGUGUUCUGAAAUUUGCACGGUGUUAUGGUUUCCGAAAUCUGCAGAAUGUGGUUAGGAAAAUCAAAACGGGGAAGUGUGAUUAUCAAUUCCUAGAGAUCAUGGCAUGCCCUUCAGGGUGCUUAAAUGGUGGUGGUCAAAUAAAACCGAGGGCUGGGCAAUCUGCAAAAGAUCUGAUCCAAAUGUUGGAGAAAGCUUACAUGGAAAAUGUCUUGGUAGCCAAUCCAUCAGAGAACCCCAUCAUUAAGGGACUGUAUAACGAGUGGCUUGAGCGUCCUGGUUCAGAAAAAGCCAAGAAGCACAUUCACACCCAGUACCACCAUAGAGUUAAGAGUAUAACCUCUCAGUUGCAGAAUUGGUAGUGAUGAUGAAAGGUAAUAUGUCACUGUCUGUCUUUGCUUGUCAUUCAACACAAUUUUGGUAGUAGAAGUGAUAUUCAGAAACCGUUCUGCACUGUAAAUAUCUCACUUCAUGACCCAUCAAAUUUUCUGUAAUAUAUUUGAGUUAUAACUUAUAGGUAUGUCAGACACGGUGAAACUGUGUGUUCAGAAGUAUUGAUGGCAAACGUUAGUAUCUGCAGUUGCAUUAAAGUUAGUCUUGUGUGUAUGUUGUGUAGUGAUUGCUAAGAUUACUCAACCUCAACUAUUCAGAUCAUGGAUUGGAG